UCAGGACACUGAAACACCGAGUGUUUCGGCUUCGGCAUGGUACGGGCUGUCCUAGACACCACAACGAGUCCCAUUAUGUCUUGUUGCCUUCGAAUCCGGGCGGCUGCUGGACACUGGUAGUAGGUGUGAUGGUCGUGCCUUCUCUCUAUCUGUGAUAUUGUUUUUUUAUAUUAUAUAAAGUUCGAAAAAGGGGGAUAUUUCCGUUUUACCGUCGUCCGUUUUUAUUUUCGUUCUUCGUCCAUCUGUGAUAAAAGUCGUCUGUCUUUUUCUGUCCGACGAAAAGGAGGGAGUAUACUCGUCUCCUUGAUUGUUUUUCUGUACCUUUGUACUGCGACGAUGUUCAAUCCUCUGGCCUUCCGACCUCUGUGUGAUAGGUUUAUGGUUCCUUAUGAUUUUGGAAGAUCAUCUCCAGCAUUUCCUACAUAUGUGCCUCUGCUUAGGUUUCCACCUGUUACAUGUAUUAUGAACUCAGAGGAGGUUGAACGUGCUCCCACACAAUUGGAACCAGUGGAUCUCACUGUGAACAAAAGUCGUUGCUCACUGUCGCCUGCAUCUUCACCAGCCAGUCUCCCUGCCUCACCAACGAUUCCUUCUUCACCCUCUUCGACGGCAGAUAGCUUCUCAUGUGUUGACCUGAGGUUAAACAAAGAUUUCAAUUCAGAUGAAGAAAUAAUAGAAAAAACCGAAACUACCUUAUUAUCUCUUCAAAGGAUAAAAGAAGCUUCUAUUGCAAUGUUCCAGUUAGAAAAAGAACCCAGUUUUUUCAACAAUUUGCUCCAGAAGGGUCUGAUAGAUCACACAGAUGACAGAAUGCUGCGAUGCAGUCAUGUAUUAAACAGUAAAAAAGGAUACAGUGAUAAUGUAGGCCUCCCAAGUAAUGUCAUCAAAGACGGAAUGGAUAUCUAUUCUGAAAACUUACGCAGGCGAAAAACGCAUAAAUGCGAUUUUGUCGGCUGUGAGAAAGUCUACACCAAAAGUUCACAUUUAAAAGCUCACAAAAGAACGCACACAGGUGAAAAGCCGUACCUAUGCACUUGGGAAGGAUGCACUUGGAAGUUCGCUAGGUCCGACGAGCUGACUCGGCAUUACAGGAAACACACGGGACAGAAACCUUUCAAGUGCCAGCUGUGUCAAAGAUCCUUCUCCAGAUCUGAUCACUUGUCACUGCAUAUGAAGAGACAUUAGCUCAAGUUCCUUGUUAUUUUUUGUUUUGAGAGAAUUUUACUUAUGAAGAGUGUAAGAAGAAGGAUGCAGGAUGUCCACCUCCUUCAGGAAGGCAGUACAAAGUCAUUGCAUAGCAUCAUUCCAAACAUGUGAAUGCUUUUUAUCCGAACACUGAUAUAUAUUUUUUCGACGAUCUCUGUUCCGUCAGAGUGAAGAUCUUCGGGGAGCGACGCUUUCUCAAAAGCAGCUCCUAGCUUUAUGGACGUUCGUUUGUGGAACUCAGGACAUGCUGUUGUCCUGUCGUCUAAAUUAUGAAUGUAAUGCAUGUGUUACCAAAUGAUAUGCUCAUUGAUUCCUGUUUGCUCAUAAAGGCUUCCUUUUGUGCAGGGAUAUCGCUUGAAUAUGUGAUAUAGUUAAUUGUUUAAAAAGCAAUUGAAUAUUUUGAUUUAAUAUAUAUAUAUUUCUAAUAGUCGGAGUUGAAUAUUUCAUCGUAAACUGAGAUGACCGUAUGUCCCGAAUUUUCAGUCUCUGUCCCGGUUUUUCUGCAUUUUUUGUUCUGGAAUUUAUAGUAUUUGUCCUCAAAAGGAGAUGGGUUAAUAACAUAAAUUAUUUCUGAUUGAUAUUAAAUACUUAUUCAUAAGAUUUAAAAAAAAAAAAAAAAGGUUUUCAGAAAUAGUCAUGUUUAAAUAUAUUGGACUACUUCAUUAAAACAAUUCAGAAGGGUUACAAAUUUAUUUAGUUUAAAAUGAAUACUUGGUUUUAUUGUUCAUUAAAAAAUAUAUUAAACACCACAAUUAAAAAUUAAAACAUCUGUUUUGAAAUAUCAUACCACAUCCGCCACAAUAAAAAUAAAGUAUUUAGUUUGUAUUAAAAACAAAAAAAAAAAAAAAAAAAAACAGAUAAAAAUAUAUACAUGUAUAGAGUAUCAAAUUUCAAUAUAUGGUUGUCUUAUUCAUUUAACUUCAUUCUAAUUUUCAUAAAGUAUAUUAAUUCAACCAGGAACAUACAAGUCAACAAGAGGCUGGUAUGAAUCAAAAUCGAUUUUGCAUUGAAACAAAAAUCAAUCUAAAAAUAACUCGUAGCUAAUGUUUUUUCACAAUGUGUUAAAAAAUGUUUGACUUCCCAUUUAACAUUAAAUAUCUAAAUGAUAGUAGAAAUUGUUUUCUCGGGGAUAUUUAGUUUUUAACAAAUAACAAAUAUUCUGUACCACAUUUACAGACUUCUUAUUUAUUCAGGCUCUAUAGGCAUGCUGUUAAUUUCUACAACUGCUUUCAAUAUUGAUGUUUGAAUUGCAAAGAAAUUUCCAAAUGUUAUAAAAUUUUCAUUUCAAAAUCCCAUGGGCAGAAGCCAACACCUUAGAUUUAAUUUUAUUUAUAAUAUUGUUACACACAGCUUGUUUUCGACAAUUUUUCUUAAAUGGAAAUGUUUCCAGCCCUUCUGCUCAUUGAAAACCACUUGUUUGGCUGCUUUUAAAAGUGCUUAAAUAUUUUUCUUACAUUAUUUUUCCUCAGCCUUUAAAAAUAAAACUUACUUUUACUCAAUUCAAAACAAUCCAGAAUAUAUUAUUAAAAAAUUAAGCACUACCUAAUAGAGUAUACAACAUAAUUACUUUUUUAAUUUCAACUUCAUUAUAGUGUUGUACACAUUAAUAUAAGCUAUGAACUUUUGCCCCCCUCCCUCACCCUGUUAUGCAUAGAAUAUAUUUGGUAAUGAUGAUAGUUUAAAUAGUAUUUCUAAUGCAAUUAGAAGUGACUUUCACUUAUCAAUGAUAGCACAACGUCCAUGGCUUGGGGGUCCUCGCUCUUGCUACCUACUCUUCCACCCCCCCCCCCAUGUGAUUUAAACUAAUUUUAUCUUUAUAUAUUAAUAGGCAAGCCGUUUUCUUUCGGUACCAUUUACUCUGCUGUUUGUGAACCGAUUUUCUUCAUUCUUUUUUUUGUUCAGUAGCUACUGCCAAUUUUAGUGUCAUCAAUAAAAUUUUUUGAAAUCAGACGUUAAUUAACGAAGAUAUUAAUUAAAAACGUAUUUUCAAACUAAAUGGCUCUUUCUAUGCGAAUGAAUGGACCAAUUUUUUGAAAUUUGAUAUGGUUGGAAAGGUUUUUAAAAAAUACGCGAAACGAAGAAAUCGUCUGGGAGCCCAAGGUUCAAUGACCUAAAUCCACAAGAAAAAAAAAAGCAUUUUUUGGUUAGCGAAACUCAAAAAAUUUUAAUUUUUUUUGACUAUUUUUCACUAGUUCUAUUUAAUUUACCUAUAUAGUAAUAGUGCUUGCUACAGAUUUUCUGAAAUCUCAAAAAGGAUUUGAUAAUAAACUUAAAGUGCUUUUUAUUCAUAAAUAUGUGUGAUAAUUAAGGUUUCUUAAAAAAAUUGACCUUUUAAAAUCAAGAUUGUUUUUUUGCAUUAGUUAAUU